AUGAGGUCCUCUAUGUCUCGGCAGACAUACUCCACUAAAGGAGGCUUUAGCUCUAACUCUGCAGGUGGAGGAGGGGGGUCCCGGGCCCACACCAGCUUCAGCUCGGUGACGGUGUCCCGGAGCAGUGGCAGUGCUGGGGGAACCCGCUGUGGCCCCAGCAAGGGGGGCUUUGGCAGCCGAAGCCUCUAUAACUUGGGGGGCAGCAAGAGCAUCUCGGUCAGUGUGGCUGGAGGGGCCUCCUCAGGGAGGGCCCUGGGGGGCUUCGGCCUUGGCGGUGGGGCCUAUGGGGGCCUGGGCGCCGGCAGGCAGACAUUCGGGCCUGCCUGUCCUCCCGGAGGCAUCCAGGAGGUCACUGUCAACCAGAGCCUGCUGACCCCUCUCAACGUGGAGAUAGACCCGGAGAUCCAGCGGGUUCGUACCCAGGAGCGGGAGCAGAUCAAGACCCUCAACAACAAGUUCGCCUCCUUCAUCGACAAGGUGCGGUUUCUAGAGCAGCAGAAUAAGGUGCUGGAGACCAAGUGGGCACUGCUGCAGGAGCAGGGCCAGAACACGGGUGUCACCAGGAACAACCUGGAGCCCCUCUUUGAGAGCUACUUGGGCAACCUGCGGAGGCAGCUGGACAGCCUCCAGAGCGAUCGGGGGAGGCUGGACUCAGAGCUGAGAAAUGUGCAGGAUCUCCUUGAGGACUUCAAGAGCAAGUAUGAGGAUGAAAUCAACAAGCGCACUGCAGCGGAGAACGAGUUUGUGGUGCUCAAGAAGGAUGUGGAUGCUGCAUACAUGAGCCGGAUGGAUCUACACGGCAAAGUAGGCACCUUGACCGAGGAGCUCGAGUUCCUAAACCACCUCUAUGAACUGGAGCUGAGCCAAGUGCAGACCCACGUGUCUGACACCAAUGUCAUCCUUUCCAUGGACAACAAUCGCAGACUUGACUUGGAUAGCAUCAUUGCUGAGGUCAAGGCCCAGUAUGAGCUGAUUGCCCAGAGGAGCAGGGCUGAGGCUGAGGCUUGGUACCAGACCAAGUAUGAAGAGCUGCAGGUGACAGCUGGGAAGCAUGGGGACAACCUGCGGGACACCAAGAACGAGAUUGCUGAGCUCACCCGCACUGUCCAGAGGCUGCAGGGUGAGGUGGAUGCAGUUAAGAAGCAGUGCCAGCAACUGCAGAAUGCCAUCGCAGAAGCGGAACAGCGUGGGGAUCUGGCGCUGAAGGAUGCUCAGAAGAAGCUUGGGGACCUGGACAUGGCCCUGCACCAGGCCAAGGAGGACCUAGCCCGGCUGCUGCGUGACUACCAGGCCCUCAUGAAUGUCAAGCUGGCCCUGGAUGUGGAGAUCGCCACCUACCGCAAGUUGCUGGAGAGCGAGGAGAGCAGGAUGUCUGGAGAGUGCCCCAGUGCAGUCAGCAUUUCGGUGACUGGCAACUCCACCACUGUGUGCGGAAGCGGUGCCGCCGGCUUCGGGGGUGGCAUGUCCCUGGGCGGGAGUGGGGGUGCCGGCAAGGGCGGGUUCAGCACCAGUGUGGGCUACAGCACCAAGGGAGGGCCCGUCUCUGGAGGUACCUCCAUCCUGCGGAAGACCACCACGGUCAAGACGUCCAGCCGGAGGUAUUAG